AUGGCUCCUCACCUCCCAUUAGAUGACAGCAAUCCAUCCAUGAACACCACGGCAGUGGCCAUUGACAACGAUAAGAACAGCCAGUACGCUGUGCGCUGGGCUAUUGACCAUCUUGUUCUUAGCAAUCCUGUUAUCAUCCUCAUCCACGUUAAGCAAAAAAAUCAGGCCACUCUCGGAACCAUUAACAAUAAUAAUGAUCAGGAAGAUACACAUCAGCUUUUCGUUCCAUACCGUGGAUACUGCGCUCGUAAAGGGGUUCAAUUGAAGGAGGUAGUGCUUGAAGACAUAGAUGUUCCAAAAGCACUUUCAAGCUACAUAAACAAAAACGUAAUAAACAGCAUUGUCGUUGGUGCAUCUACAAAAAAUGUCUUUGCCAGAUCUCUCAAACUCAAAGCUCCUGAUGUUCCCACAACCUUAAUCAAAUCAGCUCCAGAUUUCUGUUCUGUCUACGUAAUUUCCAAAGGAAAAGUUUUAUCUGUAAGAACAGCUCAAAGACCAGCUGCAAAUCUUCCUGCUCCGCCAAAAGUUCCACUUCCAGAUAUUUUAUCUCAGCAGCUUAUGAUCUCUAAUGGUGAUCAAUCAGUACAAGAUGAUGGGAUUAGAGGAGUGCAACAACAGCCUAUAAGAAUUUCUGGGUUUGACAGACUCUCUCUUGAUAGUCCUUUUAGAGAAGGUGGAAGAGAAAGACAUAGGAAUUCUGCAAGUAAUGCUUCAAUGGAAACCAUUGAUAUUCCUAUGAGAAUGUCUCAGAGGACUUCUACUAGUAGGGAUUCUUUCUCUGAUGAUAAUACUGAGCAGUUUUCUGCAAUGGGAUCCAUGGAUAUUUCUUCUAGUAGUGUAGAUUUUUCAAUGCCAGUAGGCUCUCCAAAUGGGUCUUCAGCCCCCCAGUCUAAUACUGUAAACGAUGAAAUGAGAAUGUUAAAACUUGAACUUAAGCAAACCAUGGACAUGUAUAGCACGGCUUGCAAAGAAGCUCUUUCGGCUAAAAGACAGGCAAAUGAGCUGCAUCAAUGGAAACUCGAGGAGGCGAGAAAGUUUGAAGAAGCAAGACUUGCGGAAGAGGCGGCCCUUGCUAUAGUGGAGAUUGAGAAGGCUAAAUGCAAAGCUGCCAUUGAAGCAGCCGAAGCAGCUCAAAGGCUGGCAGAGAUGGAGGCGCAGAGAAGAAGACAAGCAGAGAUGAAAGCAAGACGAGAAGCAGAAGAAAAGAAACGUGCUUUGACAGCUUUAGCUCAAAAUGAAGUUCGAUAUAGAAAAUACACAAUAGAAGAGAUUGAAGAAGCAACCGAAAUGUUCGCUGCCUCAAAUAAAAUUGGUGAAGGUGGAUAUGGACCUGUUUACAAAGCUAAACUUGCUCAUACUCCUGUCGCCAUUAAGGUUUUAAGACCUGACGCUGCACAAGGGAAAAAACAAUUCCAACAAGAGGUUGAAGUUUUGAGUUGCAUCAGGCAUCCAAACAUGGUUCUUCUUCUGGGUGCAUGUCCUGAAUAUGGAUGUUUGGUAUAUGAAUACAUGAACAACGGUAGCUUAGAAGACAGACUGUUCAGAAGAGGUAACACACCACCACUUUCAUGGCGGAAACGAUUCAAAGUAGCUGCAGAAAUUGCCACUGCGCUUUUGUUUCUUCACCAAGCAAAGCCUGAGCCUUUAGUCCACCGAGAUCUUAAACCUGCAAACAUAUUACUCGACAGGAACUUCGUGAGCAAAAUCAGUGAUGUUGGACUUGCUCGGUUGGUUCCUCAAUCAGUAGCUGAUAGUGUUACACAAUAUCACAUGACUUCAGCUGCUGGAACUUUCUGCUAUAUUGACCCUGAAUAUCAACAAACAGGAAUGUUAACCACUAAAUCUGAUAUAUAUUCAUUGGGUAUAAUGCUACUCCAGAUUAUAACAGCUAAAUCUCCAAUGGGUCUGACUCAUCAUGUGAUGAGAGCCAUUGAUAAAGGUAACUUUGCUGAGGUGCUUGAUCCAGCAGUUAAAGAUUGGCCGGUUGAAGAAGUUUUAUCUUUUGCUAAGUUGUCUCUAAAAUGUGCGGAGUUAAGGAAGAAAGACAGACCUGACCUUGCCAAAGUUAUAUUGCCUGAGCUUAAUCGAUUAAGAGACCUUGGAAGUACUGCAAAUAAUCAUCAUGAUCAAAAUUAUAUCAGUCCUAACGAUUAUCCAAGCGGCUACAGACAACCUACUAGUUAUAGUGCUCGCAGUUCUGUGCCACGCUCUCCUGGAUCCGCUUCAUCACAUCUUAGGAUAUCUAAUGCAACCCAGAAUUCAGAGGCUGAAGUUGAAUAG